CGUUGUGUGCGAGUGUGUGUGUGUACGUGUGAGUGUUUGCCCGUGGAUUAGAAAUAAAACAAAGUUUUCGUGAGAAUAACAGCCGCUUAGCUUAAUUAGAACUAAGUUUAAAGUUAAUUAGUGCAAUAGUCCAACUGCCUCUGGCCGGACAUCUAUGUAGAAAGCGGACAAACGUCCGAACAUCGCUUUCGUGGCAGCUUUCAUUCAUCGAAGUGUGACUUUUCGCAGUAUUGUUUGCUAUUGCUCGGCAGGAGGACGUGUUGUUUAGUGGGUCAAACAAUAGUUCCAUUGCAGUCCCAGAAAUGAGCGAAGUUCCGGAGAGCAGUAAAAAGCGUCAAAAGACGUGCCUACAGGUGGCGACGAAUGUGACCGAACAGAAGCACCAUGUCACCCGGGAGACGCGCGGCAAGAACUUGGGCCUGUGCCGAGGAUUCCGAGGAUGCACCGUGUGGCUGACUGGACUCAGUGGCGCCGGCAAGACCUCGAUUGCCUUCGAACUGGAGGCGUAUCUGGUGUCCCGUGGCAUCCCCGCUUAUGGCUUGGAUGGCGACAACAUCCGCACUGGUCUGAACAAGAAUCUGGGUUUCACUCCCGCCGAACGGGAGGAGAACAUCCGACGCGUGGGUGAGGUGGCCAAGCUGUUUGCCGACAGCGGCGUUGUGUCCAUCUGCAGCUUUGUGUCCCCAUUCGCCGAUGACCGCGAAAUGGCUCGCAAGAUCCACAAGGAUGCGGGUCUAAAGUUCUACGAGAUCUUUGUGGACACUCCACUCGACGUGUGCGAGACGCGCGAUGUCAAGGGGCUGUACAAGAAGGCGCGCGAGGGCGUCAUCAAGGGUUUCACGGGUAUCACGCAGGAGUAUGAGCGACCCCAGAAGCCAGAGCUGGUGGUCAACACGCAUGGGUACACUGUGCGCGAGUCCACGCAGCAGCUGGUGAACCUGCUCGAGCAGGAAGGCAUCAUUCCGCGCUCCCUUCGCGACGUAGACCAACUGCCGGAGCUGUACCCCAGCGAAUCCAUUGCCACGGAGGUGCUGCGCCACGAGGCCGAGUCGCUGCAGGCCAUCGAGAUUAGCACCGUAGAGCUGCAGUGGGUGCAGGUACUGGCCGAGGGCUGGGCCUAUCCCCUGCGGGGAUUCAUGCGCGAGGAUGAGUACCUGCAGACGCUGCACUUCAAUACACUCCAGAGCGGCAUGGAUGGAUCCUAUCGCGAGAAUCACUCGGUGCCCAUAGUGCUCAGUGCCACGACGGCGGACAAGGAGCGGCUGGAGGGGGUAUCAUCGCUGACACUCAAGUAUCAGGGCAAACCGGUGGCCAUACUACGCCGGCCUGAGUUCUAUUACCAGCGCAAGGAGGAGCGCCUGGCCCGCCAGUUUGGCACUAGCAAUCCGGAACAUCCCUACAGCAAGCAGGUGUAUGACUCUGGAGAGUAUCUGGUGGGCGGCGAUUUGGCUGUGAUCGAACGGAUUCGCUGGGAGGAUGGCCUGGAUCAGUAUCGGCUGACUCCGAAUGAGCUGAGGCGUCGCUUCAAGGAGCUAAAUGCCGAUGCCAUCUUUGCUUUCCAGCUGCGUAAUCCCAUCCACAAUGGGCAUGCCUUGCUCAUGCAGGACACCAGACGCCAGCUACUGGAGCGAGGCUUCAAGCAGCCUGUGCUCCUCCUGCAUCCUCUUGGCGGUUGGACCAAGGACGAUGAUGUGCCGCUGGAUGUGCGCAUGAAGCAGCAUCAGGCCGUGCUAGAUGCUGGUGUUCUGCGACGCGACGACACUGUGCUGGCCAUCUUCCCCUCGCCCAUGAUGUACGCCGGCCCCACGGAGGUGCAAUGGCAUGCCAAGGCACGCAUGAAUGCCGGCGCCAACUUUUAUAUCGUAGGACGAGAUCCGGCGGGCAUGCCGCAUCCGGACAAAAAGGCCUAUCCCGAUGGCAAUCUGUAUGAUGCCACUCAUGGAGCGCGUGUGCUUAAAAUGGCCCAGGGUCUGGACAGCAUGGAGAUCCUUCCCUUCCGGGUGGCCGCCUACGAUAAGAGCUCUAGCAAAAUGGACUUCUUUGAGCCUCAGCGCAAGGAUGACUUUGAGUUUAUCUCUGGGACCAAAAUGCGCACAUUGGCCAAGACUGGAGCAAGUCCGCCGGAUGGCUUCAUGGAGCCCGAGGCCUGGCGCAUCCUAGCCAACUACUACCAGAACCUGCCGCAGGCGUAACACGCGGCAAUGCAAGCCCGCAAAUCAGCAACGUGCAAUUCCUCCUCCUAGUUAUUAGCUUAUGUGUGUGCUUAAACUAUUUUUUAAAAUUUAUGGCCGCUAUUUCAGAGUUAUUUUUAUCAGAAGAAAGAAAGGAAGGGGAGAGAGUUUCAACUCCCACCUUUGCUUUCUUUUCUUAUUCCCUUAAUAGGUAAAUAUCUUGCAUCUUACAACAGCAUUUUCUGACCAAAAUCCGAGCCUGUGUCCUCUGUCGUGUGUGUAUAUUUGUAUGUUGUGCUCCCUGCUAUUGAAAAGUUCGUAUCGUACAAUCUACUUGUAUCUUCUACUUUUAAGUUUUCCCCAUUCUAUGUUUAUCUUAAGCAAAAUGUCGUCCAGCCAUUUGGACAGUUUUUUAAAUACAUAUAUAACAAAUUAA